AUGCUAAAAAAAAAGGCAUCUAGCAGCGAUUCUCUCCAAUUAAAAGAUUCAACUUCGUUUGAUGGUGAUCAACUGACUAUAUCAAUUGAUGAACGUUCAAAUGAUGAUGUCCAACAUAUAAACAUCAUUCAAGACUUUACUGUUCUACAAAAGGUGUCAAAGAGACAACGGAUUUUCCAUUCUGAUAUUGACAUUGGUGAACUGAUUUCAUCUCAUGAAGUAUGUGUUCCUCCUGGUGUAAAUCUCUAUGUGGUUGAUUCAGAGGCAACUUCGUCAUUAAACAAUGUGACAGAUCGUUCAAAUUGUCCGAGUCAUUCUAUGGAUUUUCUGACACGUAAAUCAGGAAAUAUAUACAUAGAUGAAACAACCGUCUCUAAUCAGUUUCUGAUUCAACAGGAACAGUCAAGUUUUGAAACAAGUAUAUCGCCACCUUGUAGGGGUGAGGGGCAUCGCCGCUCUGCUGGACUUAGGCAAUUAUUACAAGUCGUGCCAUCUGAAGCAUAUUCUUUGCCGUAUGUGCCUUGUUGCAGACAUUGUAAAGCAAAGCGAUUCUAUCAUGAAACAAACGGAUUUUGUUAUGCUGAUGGGACAAUUUCUUUGGCCACAAAUGCCGUCCCUGAUCAACUUUAUGAUCUUUUCACAUCUAACACAGAUGAAUCUACGCAUUUUAAGACCUAUGUUCGGACUUAUAAUAACAAGUUCGCGUUUACAUCUUUUGGAGUUAAAUUCGAUGAAGAUCUUUGCAGACGAAAUAGAGGAAUUUAUACCUUUCGAACUCAGGGACAGAUCUAUCACUAUAUCAAUAAUUUAAUCCCUUUAAAUGGUCGUCCUUCUUAUCUUCAAUUGUAUUUCUAUGAUACGGAGCAUGAAUUAGAAAAUCGCAUUUCUGAUUCAGACAGAAUGAAUCCAUCAAUUAUAGCUCAACUCAUCGAUAUUCUUCACAUCAAUCCAUAUUCUUUGUUCUUUCGAUCUCUUGGUGAUUUGUCAAAUUUGGAAAAUCAAGUAAUCCAUAUAAGAUCAGAUGUUGGUCUAGAUCAACAUGUAUUCAAUGUCCCGACAUCUUCACAAGUUGCAGCAAUAUGGGUUGAAAAUGAAGAUGCAGAUCAGCUAAGAGGACGAGACAUUUAUGUCUUUAGUCAUUCUGGUGGAAGUCAUAUAGUUCAAUAUUAUUUUGGCUGCUAUGAUGCACUUCAGUAUCCGUUGUUAUUUUCUCUUGGCGAUACUGGUUGGCACCAAGGCAUUCAAAGGGUCAAUAGAGGAAGCACAUUAACAAGUAACGAAACAACCCGAUCAAUAGAUCCUCACCGAUCAAUAUCAGCAAAAGAAUUACUUAGAAGAGAACAUCGAGCAUUGAACAGAAGAAGGAAGGAUCCAAUUGUUUCGUGUCGUGAAUAUUAUUGCUACAAGUUACAAAUCAGAGAAAAUGUCAGAUCAAUUUUGUUACUGUCUGGUCGCCUAUUGCAACAAUUUGUUGUCGAUAUGUAUGUUAAGAUCGAGACGUCAAGAUUAGAUUAUUUCCGUAGCAAACAACAACAUAUUCGAUCUGAGUUAUAUCAAGGUAUUGUUGAUACCAUUACACUUGGGGAAACUGAUGCUUCUAAUGUUGGAAAACGGAUUAUUCUGCCUUCGUCAUUUAUUGGGGGUCCAAGAGAUAUGCGAAAAAGAUAUAUGGAAGCAAUGGCUUUAGUUCAGCGUUAUGGUAAACCAGACAUUUUUUUAACAAUGACGUGCAAUCCAAACUGGCAAGAAAUUUCAAAUGAAUUACGCCUGCAUGAGGAGAGUCAAAAUCGGCCUGAUUUGGUUGCUCGGGUCUUUCGUGCAAAAUUAGAAGAAUUAAAGGAUCGAUUAUUCAAGCAGCAGAUAUUUGGAAAAGUCUCGGCAUAUGUUUAUGUUAUUGAGCACCAAAAAAGAGGGCUUCCACAUGCGCAUUUUUUAAUUAUAUUACAGAGGAAUUGGAAACUCUAUGCGCCUGAAUCUUUUGAUGAGAUCGUAUCGGCAGAAAUACCUGAUAAAAAUACAAAUUUGCACUUGCAUAAUGCUGUUAUCAAGCAUAUGAUGCAUGGACCAUGUGGAGUGUUGAAUCCAGCAAAUGUUUGCAUGAAAAAAAAUGGUUGUUGCAAAAGCCAAUAUCCAAAAAGUUAUGCAUCAAGUACGACUGUUGGAAAUGAUUGCUUCCCAAUAUAUAAGCGUUCUGACAAUGGAAUAACUGUCAAACUGAGAGGCCAUAAUUUGGAUAACCGUUGGGUCGUUCCAUAUAAUCCAUAUUUGCUUGCAACAUUUGACUGUCACAUUAAUGUGGAGAUUUGUUCUACGAUAAAAGUAGUCAAAUAUCUUUAUAAGUACGUUUACAAAGGGCAUGAUCGUGUUGCUUUCAAUUUGGUUUCCGAACAAACCAAUCAACAAAUUGACGAAAUCCAACAAUUCCAAUCGGCCCGAUGGAUUGCUCCACCUGAAGCUAUGUGGAGAAUAUACGGCUUCAUUGUUAAUGAAAUGUACCCAUCAGUAUAUAGCUUACAUUUACAUCUUGAGGAUAAACACCAAGUAACUUUUCGAGCAAAUGAAGACUUAAUCAAUGUUCUCAACUCUGAUCGAUCUGCAAAAUCAAUGUUAACAGAAUUCUUUGCAUUAAACCAAGUAGAUGAAAAUGCCAGGACAUUGUUAUACAAAGAAUUUCCAGAAUUUUAUGUUUGGAGCCAACAAUACAAAGAGUGGACUCGUCGGAAAAAAAAAACUGUUAUAGGUCGAAUUAUUACAGCAAAUCCAUUUGAAGGUGAGAGGUAUUAUCUGCGGAUAUUGCUAAAUCAUGUAAGAGGACCUUUGUCGUUUGAAGAUCUUAGAACAGUUGAUGGUGUCGUGGCUCCAACAUUUCGUGAGGCAGCAACUAUGCAUGGUUUGCUACAAAGAGACAGUAGCUUACAAGAUUGUUUACAUGAAGCAUCUCUAUAUCAAAUGCCAUCCAGUUUGAGACGACUAUUUGCAACUAUUUUGGUUUAUUGUAAUCCAACCAAUCCGAGAGAGCUUUGGGAAUGUUUUAAGCAAGAUAUGUCAGUUGAUUUUAGGUCGACUGAAAAUUCUAUGUCGGAUGUAAGAAUGCAAGUUUUGCGCUCAAUCUCUUUUACACUUGAAUCAAUGGGGAAAGACAUUAAUUCGUUCCAUCUUCUUGAUGACAACAUUUGUUUUGGUGAAGACCAACUCGAAUCUAGGGAAAUUGAUGAUGAAUUGGCUGUUGAAAUUCCAGAAGAAGAUAUUGUUGCAUUAGAAGCCCUUAAUAGUAAACAACGACAUGUCUAUAAUUCAGUUUUGGAAAAGGUUUUUUCUAAUGAAGCUGCUACAUUCUUUGUCGACGGCCCUGCUGGGACGGGGAAGACAUUCCUGUACAAGGCACUUCUUGCCGCAGUAAGAUCAAGAAAAUUAGUCGCACUUGCAACUGCUUCAUCUGGUGUUGCUGCAUCCAUCCUUCCUGGAGGUUGA